AUGGAUUAUACCCCAGUAUCAAAGUAUAGACAUGUUUUUUGUCCUGGUCUGAAGCCUGAAGAGAUCUACCAAGGAUUCAGAGUGGCAACGACUACAGGAGAUCAGAACUACAUCAAAGGUAAUUCUAAGUAUUUUGCUUUUCCUGCUGCCGGUGGUGGUGGUCCCAUCUGUAUCCGAAAGCAUAAUACUCCCGGAAGAAUGCCCAACCAACUACCUCUUCUAUCUGGGCAUAAGGGAGAUCUUUGUGAUUUCGAUUUCAACCCUUUUAACGAUGAGCAAAUUAUCAGCUCGUCUGCAGACCUUACGAUUAUGCUUUGGGAGUUCCCUGAGGGCGGUCCGACCGAAACGAUUACGGAGCCGCUUCUGACCCUUACAGGACACCACAGAAAGGUCGCCUUUGUGGAGUUCAAUCCUGUAGCCAACCUGAUUGCUGUCUCUGCUUCAGCCGAUGGUACCGCCAAAGUAUGGGACUGCAAGCUCGGCGAUGAGGUCAUGACGUGCAAUUUCAAGGCGCUUCCCCAGGAUCUCCACUGGAGCUAUGGAGGCGAUAUGUUCUGUGUCUCCUCCAAAGACAAGAUGAACCGUCUCUUCGAUCCUCGUGAGAAUCGGAUCAUUGCGGAGUGGAGUCCGCACAACGGCACGAAAUGCUCCAAAAUGACGUGGACCGGCGAGCAUCCACGCAUUAUCACCACUGGAUUCAACCGCUCCUCGCAGCGCGAGUGGAAGAUGUGGGAUCUGCGCAACCUGGCGAAGCCGAUCAGCCACGACGCCUUGGAUCAGUCGUCGGGCACGCUGCUUCCGUUCUUCGACCCGGACACCAACAUGCUCUAUCUUGCAGGCAAGGGCGAUGGCAAUAUUCGCUACUACGAGGUGAUGGAGUCCUCGCUCUACCCGCUCUCCCAGUACUCCUCCACCGUCUCCGCGCGCGGCCUCUGCAUGCUUCCCAAGAAGGCCUGCGACGUGAAUCGCUGCGAAGUGGCGCGCAUUAUGAAGCUGACGGGGCAGGGCGACGUCGAGCCGCUGCCCUUCAUCGUGCCGCGCAAGUUCGAAGGCUACCAGCCCGACGUGUACCCGCCUUCCUAUGCCGGAAUCCCCGCGAUGAGCAACGAGGAGUGGCGAUGCGGACAGAACAGCUUCCCCGUGCUGAUGUCGCUGGAACCGGGCGUGGAGAAGACGCUGAAGCAUGAGUUUGUGCCGUUCGAAGUGGGAGAAGUCCAUGAAGACAAGCCCAUGGCGUCCAUGCCGACCGCCCAUCGAGAGGCCUCGCCGAUGCCCACGUCGAUGGGAGGACAUGGAGAGGCUUCUCCAAUGCCCGCGUAUGUGCCGAAACAGGGGAAGAUGACGGUGGAUGAUGUGGAGAAGGAGCUGACGAUGCUGAUGGAGAGAAUGGAGUUCCUGGAGAAGACGCUCCAGGAAUUGAAGAAGGAAAAUGCGAAAGACUUAUAGUGUGUGUGUGAA